ACGGAUUUGCGAAAGCGUGCGCACGGAUUAUGAAUUUGUGGAACGGAUUUAAAAACCGAGGGCAUAGUUUGCAAAAUCUGGGCGCACGGAUUGGAAAUCCGUGGGCACGGUUUGUUAAACCGAGGGAACAGUUUAAGAAUUCGUGAGCACGGUUUAUAAACUGAGGGAACGGAUUGCAAAACCGUCGGCAUGGAUUGUUUUUUUUUUUUUUUUUUUUUUUUCCUCCUUUAGGUGACGCGCCGGGCUCCGUAGUUUAACUAGACAUGCUGGUGAAAAGUUUCUUCACCCUUCAAACCCAAAUCCACGAGUUCUGGAUCGACUUGACCUCUGAGGGAGGCCGGAGGGCGCGCGACCGUCGACGCGCGUCAUGAAACGUCCCACGCCGCUGGACACGGUGACGCAGAAGACUGGCGAGAUUGUGAGGAGAGGAAGAAUGAGUAAACAAGAGGACGAGAUGCAGUGAAAGAUGCGGAUUACCUCACAUCUCACAUGUCUGACUGGAUGAUUCGCUCUAUUGUGGCGGGAACAAUAACGGCCGCGCGUGGAGGGUUUAAAAACCCUCGAGGCGCGCGGACGGAGCGCAAUCUUCGCGGGAGACAGUACAGAGAGGACGCUCUCAUUGAUGGUGUUCACUCUGCUAGGCGGGGCCUCACUGUGUGGUGUGGCGGCCCUCGUGCUCCUCAUCAUCUCCACAUCAACAGACUAUUGGAUGCAGUAUCGCUACUCAGGGAACGCAGCCAAUCAGGGCCUCUGGAGGUUCUGCAUCAAUCGCAAGUGCCACGCCCACACGCUCUCCGUGGCCUUCUGGGAUGCCACGCGUGCCUUCAUGCUGCUGUCAGUGCUGGGCUGUUUUGCUGGAGUAGUUUUGGGCAUCACUGCGUCCAAACGAGUCCAAAGCAGACGAGUGCGGACCGGAGGAAUCGCUCUGCUUCUGUCUGGAUUUCUUGCGCUCUUGGCUCUGGCGAUUUACACCGGGAAGACGUUAAGCCAUAAACAGUCGAAAUGUUCUGAUUGUGAGUUUGCAUGGUCCUAUUUUCUGGGAUGGAUCGGCACCAUAUCAGCUCUGGCAGCAGGAGUUCUGCAGCUCUGUGCUAAUAAGCAAAGCGACUGAAACGUCUCAGCAUGAUAUGAUCUUCACAAAACAUUGAGCGCUCAGUGAUUGAAAUGAAAUAUACUGCUUUUGGAAAUAAACUGCAUUCUGAAUGAAAUAAACUGCUUUUGGAAAUAAACUGCAUUCUGAAUGAAAUAAACUGCUUUUGGAAAUAAACUGCAUUCUGAAUGAAAUAAACUGCUUUUGGAAAUAAACUGCAUUCUGAAUGAAAUAAACUGCUUUUGGAAAUAAACUGCAUUCUGAAUGAAAUAAACUGCUUUUGGACUCUU